GUUGAUUUGCCAUCUCUAUUUAUAAGAAAAUAACUGCACGUGUUGAAACCCAUGCGAAUUAUAUUUAUUACUAUUUAGUGAUUAAACUAGCAACAAUUAUUUACCCGCAAUGGCUAUGUUAGCGGAACCACGUCGCCGCAAGCGAUACAACUUGUGUCCGCGCGGCAAAGCACUCUAUGAAGACGACAAUCGAUUUGGCACCAAGAUGCUGGAGAAGAUGGGCUGGUCCAAAGGCAAAGGACUAGGCGCCAAUGAGGAUGGCAAUCAAGAGUUUGUUCGCGUAAAGUUUAAGAACGACGCCGACGGAUUGGGUUAUGAGGCGAGGGACGAUCAGUGGACCAUUCACGAGGAGGGGUUCAACGGCUUGCUGAAAUCCCUGAACGGUGGCUCCAGUGAAAACAAUGGAACCAACGGCAAAGAAUCCGAGUCUGAGGAGGAGGCGAAACCGAUGGGAUUUGGCUUCAAAGCGCCAGAGGCAGAGGCGCCAACUACAAAGAAGUUGAAGGAAAACAUCAGCGGAAUGUCGCUGGAGGAAAGGUCAAAGCAGAGUAGGGCCCGAGUGCAUUACAAGAAGUUCACUCGCGGCAAGGACUUGUCGCAGUACAGCGAGAAAGAUUUGGCCAAUAUCUUUGGCAAAAAGGAAACGUCCAAUGUAGAGACGCCUGUCCAGGUCGAGGAACCAAAGGAGGAAAAGGCAGUGAAUCCCAAUUUCGGGGGAGUGCAAACGCUGACCACGGGUGUUUCAGUAACUGAUUAUUUUAAGCAAAAAAUGGAGGCCGUAAAAAAACGACUCAAGAACGGGUCGGCAAAUGUUGCAACCGAAGAUGCCUCCAAUGGUAACCCUGAAGAAACUACCAACGGUGUUGUGCAGGAGGACAACAUCGAAGAAAGUGAUCAGGUCGAGCCUGUUAAAAAGAAGAAGAAAAAGAAAGACAAGGAACGGAAGGAAGAUCUCCCCGAAGAGGAGGAAGUUGUGGAACCGGCUCCCAAACAAAAAAAGAAGAAAAAAUCCAAAAGUUCUCCCGAAGAGGAAACAAUAGAACAAGAGACUACAAUCUUGGAAGAUAAACAAGAAAGCCUAGAAGAAUCUAAUCCACCUAAGCGCAAGAAAAAGAAGAAAAGUGAAAAAACUGAGGAGCCUGAAGAAACCCAGAAUGUUGCGGAGGAACCUGUCUCUAAAAAGAAGAAAAAAAGCGAAAAGCACGACGAGGUGGAAGAGUCCCAACCUGUAGAGGAAGAGCCAGUCCCAAAGAAGAAGAAAAAGAGUAAAAGAAAAGAAUCAGAAGAUUCGGUUAAAGUUGAUGAUGAACCUAAGCCAAAAAAGUCAGAACCCAUAAAUGCAAUCCCUCAGGAUAGCAGCCAAUUAGAGUCGAAGGACUCUAGCGAAGAAGUUGGAGAGACCUCAAAGAAGAAGAAAUCCAAGAAACGAUCGAAAGAAGAGGUCGAGGAAAUAGUCGUUACUGAAACAGCCGAAAUCACGUCCAAGAAAAAGAAAAAAUCCAAAGCAUCCUUGGAGUCCGUACCUGAAGAUCCCUCGUCCGAAGCUAACCCAAUCGUCGGCGAGGAGGCCACAACGAAAAAGCCAAAAGACUCUAAAAGGAAGCGCAAAGACGAAGUAAGUUCUGCCAGUACGAGAUCCGAUGAUAAUAGCGAGGAAGAACUCCCAAAAGACCUCUUAUCAUUGGAGGAAAUCCACGAAAGACUAAAAUCAUUCAAUACCUUCACCAUCUCUCAAUUUUGCGCAGACAAGUUCCAACUAUUCGACCUGACUGCCUUUCCGAACUCGUCGCUAGCCGGCCUCGUGGGAUAUGGAUUCAGCGAGAAUGUUGACUUGAAGGUGGUGCACAAUGAUGACGACAAAGAGCGCAUCAUAAACCUUUGGAAAAACAAAUCCGCCCUCACCCGAAAAGAAAAAAUAAAGAAAUAUUCAACAACGGUGAAGCGCGCCACGAUUCGAUCAGUGAAGAAAAGAAUAGCGUUUAAGGGUAUAUAGUUUUAGCAAACGAAAUAUAAUUCAACGUGAUUCUUAUAAUGAUUGUUUUGUACAUAAACAACUUAGUGUAGGUAGUUGGUAAGCUUCUUGGUUUACAUUUUAAUGUGUAACAAAUUAAUUAAACUGAACAAAAACCUUUAAA